AAAAAAAACUUUUGCAGGAAGAAAAUUAUACUAUAAUUUUGUUCGUCAUCAUUUUAAAGAAAUAAUGUCUAGUUAUGAGCGAAAUACAAAUAUAGUGACGAAGAAUCAGUCUCCUCCUAGAGGAACAAAGUCCAGUUAUCCAACAACCUCGGUCAUUCAGAAUCGCUCAUGCAGCUUCAGUCAAAGAAGAAACGAAAAGACAAUUCUGAAGAAUGUCGAGCGCAAACAAGUUUUACCAUAUGGGAAAAAAACUUUGUGGACAAAGAUAAAUGAAGCAACAACAUGGCAAGAAAAGUUGCUCCUAAUGCCACAUUAUGAUGAUGUCGAUUGGUCGAUGUCUGUUCCGCUUCAUCUGGAAAAGGACACUCCCCUUUCACCUCGAUUACCAUUUCCUAGGAUACCUUCGAUAAAAGAAAACAAUGGAGUUAUGGAUCCGAUCUUGUUGGAAAUGUUGAAUUCUUUUGAAGUGGCGUAUAAAACUACUACCGAGUAACAGAGAAAUGUGCCCACCUAAGAAUGACUUGGAUUUACUUAAAAACAUGAGAUUUUUGAUACAAAUAAUAUUAUAAU